GGCCAGGCUCCCGCAGGCCAAGGGAUGGGAAGCGGGAGGUGUGUGCUCCUCAUGCGUCCAAAUUAGCAGGAAGUGUUCAUAAUGAAGCUCUGCAGUCUAUGAGCGGGAAGUGGGGUGAUUUAUAUGGAGGCGUCUGAGCCAUGGUCCAUGAGAGAUGGCUGCGUGCGGUCACAAGGCACACAGGAUGUGAAAUGGGUGUGGGUGGAGAGCUGGAGGGGGGGUGAUGAAGGGACACAAGCCUGCGGCCAGGACCUGCCCCCCCACGGGGUCCAGGGCCUGGCAUGGCAGCGCACAAGGAGCUGCCCCGGCUGAGCCAAGCCCUGCGGGACCUGGAGGCUCAUCCCCGGUAAAUUCAGGGACAGACUCAGUGGGGAACGAGCCCACAUUGUCUCCAAAAAGGGGGUGGCCACCCACAGCCGAGAGCAUCUCACUGUUGCCCUGCCACCCAUCUCCCCCAGCAUACCCACGCAACAGCCCCACAUCCCCGGCCCAGACCCCCUGACCAGCACCAUCAUUACGGAGCCCAGAGCAGACAAAAUCCUCCCCCUUCCCAACCAGGCUGCACACGGGUGGGGGGCACAGCAUGCUGUGCGCCAGCCCCAUCUACUCGCAGGACACACGGACACUCUCAGAGGAUGCCCAGACCAUGGACACCCUCGGAGGACACUGGACCCUUGGCCACUCAGCUUUGCUGCGGUUUCUUCUGCCACCUGGUGCCCAUGGCUCCGGCUUCAGGCUCCAUCCCUUUGGCCAGGACGGGGCAAGCAGAGCCCGGGGAUGUGCCCGAGAGCCACGAGUCAGGGCGAAGGGGCAGGGGUCAGCUUUCCCUGUUCCUCUCAGACGAGCCGGGAUCAAACCGGGUUGCUCCCACAAGGGGUUUGCCCAGGGAAGGGAAGGGUGACACAAGAGGACCGAGGUGAAGCCACGUGGCCGGGGUGCCCCCGCUGCCCCGGUGGGCACGCGCCUGGGGCACAGCUCCAAGGGGAGCCCCGUGCAGGCGGGUGACCUAGGGUCUUGCGACACGGCCCCGUGAUGGCAUGAAAUUGCUCCUCCUGGGCAUGCCAGGCUGCUGGGGACGGGAUUGGGGGGACGCGGGUCCCCUCCCACCCUCCAGCCCAUAAACCCAGCAGGCGGCAGCCCUGCACCGAGGCGGCUCCUCUCCCAGCAUCAACCACAGCGCCUGGAACCAUGGGCCAGCUGCAGCUCUGGCUUGCUGUCCUGGCCGUGCUCUCGGGGAUCAUGGCCCAGGAAGACCUGUACCGAAAGGUGUUUGUCUUCCGGAAGGACCCCAGCAAUGCCUACGUGGUGCUGAGGGCCAAGUUUGAGCAGCCACUGCAGAACUUCACCGUGUGCCUGCGGUCCUACACCGAUCUGACCCGGCCCUACAGCCUCUUCUCCUACGCCACCAAGGCGCAGGACAACGAGAUCCUCCUCCUCAAGCCCAAGCCCAGCGAGUACCGGCUCUACGUGGGGGGCAAGUUCGUCACCUUUCGUGUCCCCGAGGGUGGCAGGGACUGGGAGCACGUCUGUGCUAGCUGGGAGUCUGCCACUGGCAUCGCCGAGUUUUGGCUCAAUGGGAAGCCCUGGCCCCGCAAGGGGCUGCAGAGGGGCUACACAGUGGGGGUGGAGGCGGCCGUCCUGCUGGGGCAGGAGCAGGAUGCCUUCGGGGGCGGCUUCGACGUCUACAACUCAUUCUCGGGUGAGCUGGCUGACGUCUACCUGUGGGACAUGGGGCUGUCCCCAGACAAGAUGCGAGCCGCCUACCAGUCCCUGCGCCUGCCGCCUGCCGUCCUGGCCUGGAAGAGCCUAAGUUAUGAAGUGAAGGGCGAUGUGGUGGUGAAACCCCGACUCCGGGAGGUGCUGGGGCCAUGAAAGUC